ACGAAGGAAAAACGAUGGCGCCGCGCAUUGAAUUGAGGUCUACAAAAUGCUAUUGAGAUCAGUGAUCAAAGGUUUUAUUUGCAGGGAUCAUACCAAGCGCUCAGAAGAAAACUGUCUUCAUUCGUUAAAAACAUCAAAAUAUUCCUUCUGAGACGUAUAGCGAAAAUCACCCACACGAAGAUGGCAAAGGCGGACGCGAGUGGUCUUAAAUGGGUGACUUUAUUUGACAACAUGCAAGAAGGUUCAAAGCCGGAUGGACCAUUGGCUAAAAAGGGUAAAAAAACUACAAAUCUGCAUUUGAUAGAAAACGAUGACAUGGGAACCAUUGGUGCUGGUGAUGUUAAUGCAAAAGUCAGUAAAGGAGAUGACAAACGCCUGUCAGUAGAACGGAUCUAUCAAAAGAAAACCCAGCUAGAACAUAUUCUGCUACGGCCAGACACCUACAUUGGUUCUGUGGAGAGCGUGACACAAUCAAUGUGGGUGAUGGAUGAAGAUGGUACUCGUAUGGUGCAGCGAGACAUCUCGUUUGUUCCUGGAUUAUACAAGAUAUUUGAUGAAAUUAUUGUGAAUGCUGCUGACAACAAAGUACGGGAUCCAGAGAUGAACAGCAUAAAGAUUGACAUUGAUCCUGAAAACAACAAGAUAAAAAUCUGGAACAAUGGAAAGGGCAUUCCCGUUGUGGAGCAUAAAACAGAGAAGAUGUAUGUGCCCACUAUGAUCUUUGGGCACCUACUUACAUCGAGCAACUAUGAUGACAGCGAGCAGAAAGUAACUGGUGGUCGCAAUGGAUAUGGUGCAAAACUCUGCAACAUCUUUAGCACAAAAUUUAUUGUUGAAACUUCUUCUGGUGAUUACCGCAAAGCAUUCAAACAGACUUGGACAGACAACAUGACAAAAACCAAAGAUCCCACUAUUACCGAGUCAAAGGAACAUGACUUCACAUGUGUGACCUUCCACCCAGAUCUCAGCAAGUUUGGUAUGACUGUGCUUGACCGAGACAUUGUUGCUCUAUUCACUCGCCGUGCCUACGAUGUGGCAGCCUCUACACGAGGUGUCAAAGUAUUCUUGAAUGGAAAGAAAAUUCCUGUCAAGAACUUCCGUGAUUACAUGGAUUUGUACUUAAAGGACAAGACUGAUGAAGCAGGUCAGCCUCUAAAGGUUGUGUAUGAACAUGUAAACCCACGCUGGGAAGUUGGUGUUGCCUUGAGUGACAGUGGUUUUCAGCAAGUCAGCUUUGUAAAUAGCAUUGCCACCACAAAGGGUGGGCGCCAUGUAGACUAUGUAGCUGACCAGUGUGUGACCAAGUUAUUAGAAGUCAUAAAGAAGAAGAAUAAAGAUGGCAUCAACAUAAGGCCCUUUCAGGUAAAAAGUCAUUUGUGGGUGUUCGUAAACUGUCUGAUAGAGAAUCCCACAUUUGACUCACAGACAAAAGAAAAUAUGACCAAGCAGGCAAAGUCCUUUGGUUCAAAAUGCCAGCUUAGUGACAAGUUUAUCCUUCAGGUAAAUAAAUGUGGCAUUGUAGAGAGUGUUCUGAGCUGGAUGAAGUUUAAAGCUCAAGCACAGCUAAACCAAAAGUGCCAUGCAUCUAAGCAUUCCAAACUGAAAGGCAUUCCCAAGCUGGAUGAUGCAAAUGAUGCCGGUACACGAAACUCAGAGCGCUGUACACUGAUUCUGACAGAGGGAGAUUCCGCUAAAUCAUUGGCAGUUGCUGGUCUGGGAGUUAUUGGGCGUGAUCACUAUGGUGUUUUUCCAUUGAGGGGUAAAUUGCUCAAUGUGAGAGAGGCAACCCAUAAACAGAUCAUGGACAAUGCUGAAAUCAACAACAUAAUCAAGAUCCUAGGACUUCACUUCAAAGAAACGUAUGACACAGCAGAGAAACUGCGGACCCUGCGCUAUGGGAAACUGAUGAUAAUGACGGAUCAGGAUCAAGAUGGAUCCCACAUUAAAGGCCUGCUUAUAAACUUUGUACAUCACUUCUGGCCUAAUUUGUUGCAACACAAUUUUGUGGAAGAAUUUAUCACUCCUAUUGUCAAGGUCUUUAAGGGAAAGACUGAACUUUCCUUCUUCAGCUUGCCAGAAUUUGAAGAGUGGAAGCGGACAACUGACAACUGGCAUACUUGGAAAGUCAAGUACUACAAAGGUUUGGGUACCUCCACUUCAAAGGAGGCCAAAGACUACUUUCAGGACAUGGUGAGGCAUCGGAUUCCAUUUCGUUAUGGAGGACUUGAUGAUGACGCUUCUAUCAACCUUGCUUUCAGUAAGAAGAAGAUUGAAGAACGUAAAGAAUGGCUUACCAACUACAUGGAGGAACGCAAGAGACGGGCAGAAAUGGGAUUGCCUGAGCUCUACCUGUAUGGAAAAGACACACGUCAAAUCACUUACAGUGAAUUCAUCAAUCGUGAGCUGAUUCUGUUUAGCAACAUGGACCUUGUACGCUCUAUUCCAUCUUUAAUGGAUGGUCUCAAACCAGGUCAGCGAAAAGUUAUAUUCACUUGCAUCAAGCGCAAUCUUACGCAGAAGGAGCUCAAAGUAGCCCAGUUGGCUGGGUCUGUGGCAGAACAGUCUGCUUACCAUCAUGGUGAAGUUUCCUUGAUGAGUACUAUCAUCAACCUUGCACAAAAUUUUGUGGGUUCAAAUAACCUGAACCUGUUGCAACCUUUGGGUCAGUUUGGUACCCGUCUCCAUGGUGGAAAAGAUGCUGCCAGUCCCAGAUACAUAUUCACAAUGCUCAGUCCUCUGGCACGACAUGUGUUCAACCCUAAGGAUGAUGGUUUGCUCAGACAUUUGUUUGAUGACAACCAGCGCAUUGAGCCUGAAUGGUACUGUCCCAUAAUUCCCAUGGUACUUGUGAAUGGAGCUGAUGGUAUUGGCACGGGAUGGAGUACUAAGAUCCCAAACUAUGACAUCCGUGAGAUUAUUGCCAAUCUAAAACGAAUGCUUGAUGGUCUUGAUCCCCUUCCUAUGGUGCCAGCUUUCAAGAAUUUCCGAGGUUCAAUUCAGGAACUAGGUGACAAUCGCUAUGUUAUGAAUGGAGAGGUGUCCAUCUUGGAUGACAGGACAGUAGAGAUUACAGAGCUGCCUAUUCGGUGCUGGACUCAGAACUACAAAGAGGAGGUUUUGGAACCCAUGCUACAUGGCACAGAGAAAACACCCUCCAUCAUAUCAGACUACAAGGAGUACCACACAGACACCACAGUUAAGUUUGUGGUAAAAAUGGCUCCAGAGAAGCUGGCACAAGCUGAAGAAAGUGGUCUACACAAGGUUUUCAAGCUGCAGACUUCUUUAUCUACAGCCUCCAUGGUGUUGUUUGACCAUAAAGGAUGCAUCAGACACUUUCACCGGGUCGAAGAGAUUCUGCGUGAGUUUUUUGAUGUACGGCUGGACUACUAUCAUCGUCGAAAACACUACCUUGAGGGCAUGCUGAGUGCUGAGACGCUUAAACUAGACAACAUUGCACGAUUCAUCUUGGAAAAAAUAGAAGGCACUAUUGUCAUUGAGAACAAGCCAAAGAGGGAGAUUAUUCAAAUGCUGGUGCGACGUGGUUAUGAUUCUGACCCUGUCAAAGCUUGGAAAGAAACUCAGAACAAAGAAAAAGAUUUGGCAGAAGGAGAUGAUGAAGAUGAUAAUGCCAGUACAGCAUCAGGGGACAGCAGUGGUCCUGAUUUUAAUUACAUUCUUAACUUGCCACUUUGGAGCCUGACAAAGGAGCGCAAAGAUGAGUUGCUUAAACAACGCGAUGCCAAGAGAUGUGAGCUGGUAGAGUUACAGAAAAAGACGCCCAGUGAUCUGUGGACUGAUGAUCUUGAGCAGUUUCUUUUGCUUUUGGAUGAAGUAGAGCAGCAGGAGAGAGAGGAGGCAGCAGGGGAAGCUGUUAAGCCAGGUAAACUUGGGAAGGUUGGCAAACUCAAACCUAAAAAGGCGCUAGUGGACACCCAGCCUUCUCCUAUUGGUCGACGUAUUGUACCGCGCAUUGAUAGUGCUAUGAAGGUUAAAGCAGAGAAAGAUGCUGCAAGGAAAUUCAAAGCUAGGGUUAAAAAAGAACUGAAGCAGGAGUUUGAUGGAGCAGAAGGUAUUGAUGAUGAUGGACCUGCCAAGGAAGAAGAUGGUGAACCACUGUCAUUAGCCCAGCGUUUGAAUCUCAAUGCUGCAAAACCAAAGCCUAAACAGCAGCGAAAACCUGCAGGCACAGGCGCAGGUGCUGGUCCUGGUCCUGGUCCUGGACCUGGAGCUGGAGCUGGAGCUGGACUUGGAGCUGGUCGAGCUCGAGGUCGAGGUCGAGGCACUGGAUCUCCAGGCAAGGCAAAGAAACCAGGGAAGAAGCGCAAGCCAUGGUCUGAUUCAGAUGGUUCUGCUGGUGAAAUUAGUGAUAUCUCUGAUUCAGAUAUGGGAGAUAGCUUUGUUGCUCCAGCUCGAGAUCGUGGACCUCGCAGAGCUGCAGCAGCGGGUAAAGCAAAGUAUACAUUUGAUGACGACGUAGAAAAUGAAGACCAUGUAUCGAGUGGCAGUGAUAAUGAUUUGCAGCCACUUCCCCCACAAGCAGAUUCCAGUGCUGAACCUCCACCUGUAUCGUCUGAUGUAGAUAGUAGUCCAAUCAAACCCAUGCCUAAGAGAAAAGUCGACGUGUUAUCUGACAGUGACAAAGACUCUUCCAUUGCUAGUAUUUCUGAUGAUGAUGAUGAUGAUGAUAAUAUGUUCAAGCCCAUGAGCAAAGCACCUAUAACAAAGGCUGUUGCUAAGUUAGCACCGAAGGCAGCUCUAACACAAGAGACAACUUCAAAAGACCUGCCUCCAUCUCAUGUUGCUCCUUCUCAAGCACCAGCCUCAUCCAAGCCAGUCAUGACUAUGGACUUCACAGACAGUGAUGAUGGCUUCUCACUUGACACAAAGACUCUGCCAAAAGAAGAUGAUGCAGAUGACCUGUUUGUGCCUAAACCAGACUCUAAGCUAGCAGCUAAGAAACCCACAGCACCCAAACCAGCAGCUAAACGACAGAAAAAAGAUUCUGGAGAAAGCAAGCCCAGGAAACCCAAAGCUAAGCGAGGCAAGAACAGCGACUCUGAAGGUUCUUCAGAUUUCUUUCCCAAAAAGAAAAAGGGUCCAGCAAAGAAAAAGCCAAAAGAUUCUGAAGGUGAAGACGAUUUUGGUGGGAGUGGUGACAUGGACUUUUCAGCAGUUCCUCGGCGUGGUGCAACUACUGGACGUGCUAAGGCUCCAGUCAAAUAUAAUUUUGGUGACUCUGAUGAUGAUUUUGAUGACUUUUAAACACUACUUUGUUUCAAUAGUUUGACCAAUCUUACAUGAUUUUGUAAGUAAUGCGAUGUAAUUGAUUUGUUACUCCAGUUUGCCUUAAAACACUGAUGUAGAUUUUUUUUUUCUUGUUAAAUGACUUGAUCAGAACAUCCAAAUGGUUGUGGUUACCAUAGACACAUUUUUCAGAAUUUAAGGUGUUAAGUGUGUGGAAAUUUAUUAUCAAAUAUAAAAAUGGGUGACAAGUAUAAUAGAAAGCAUUCUGAUUAAAAGAGUUUAAGAUUAUCUGUUGUACUUAUUUAAAAAAAAAGGUACAAACUCAAAAGUUACAAUGCUGGAAUGAAAAAUAAGCCUGGCACUGUAUCAGCACAUUAUGCUUUUCAAAAUGGAGUACUCGAAUAUUUACAGUCAAGCACUGUAUCUUUUAUUUCCUUUUACAAGUUACACUGACCUGUCUGUCUAAGGUGACAGUAAUAAUAUGCCUAUGAAAGUAAGUUCUCCCCCUAGCUUUUAAGUCAUUGAAAUGCAUUAUGAGAAUGGAGAUUGUUUGAUUGGCUGUUGUGGUAGCUUGGUAGAUUGAAUGUCGCAUACAUAUGAUUUGAUGACUCAAAACUUCAACUGAACUUUUUCAGUAGUAUUGAAAUACCCUUACAACUUUUUUCUUCUAGCUCAACUCACUGUUCAAAGUGACUUUACAGUCAUACACAAUGUAUCGUACAAUUUAUGUUUUAGUCUCUGUAGAUUACUGAAUACUUUUAUUCACUUUCAUUUUAACUUUCUAUGUUCUUAUUUGUACUUAAAUAUAAAGCUAUUUUUAAAGUUUGACUGGUUUACUUGGUUGUCAUCGAUCUUUUACAUUACACUGCAAAUCAUUUAUAUUUACAACUAUUUUCACCUCAGACGCACAUUUUUUUUUGGGGGGGGGGGGUGCUUGUUACUGAAACUGACAAACUGUGAAAACAUUUUACAAGACAGAAUUUUCCUAUUGUGUUUGUUUAGCUUCAUCUCUUUUGCAUCUGACAGCUUUUGUUUGAAUAGGGCCUGUUUUGUUAUGCAGUCUCCAGAAAUUAAAAAAACAUAUACCUUUAAAACAUAUCGAGCAAAACUUUCUUAUGCACAAAGACUGGCACAUUCACUUUCAUAUAGUGCUACCUUUUGUCUUUUUUUCUUUCCUCUUCAGCCUUUUGAGUUCAAGACAUUAUUGAACAAAAACACCUUAGUGAAAUUAUUAUUGAAAUUGUCUUGUAUAUCUGAGAACGUUGUCUUUAGAUUAGUAUGUUACAAUUAUUUCCCAUUUGGUCUUUUUACCUAGAUCAUUGUAAUCACUUCUGACCAGCUUUUUAUUAGUAACAUUUGUUACAUUUUAAGUUCUAUAUAUCAGGACCCCCACACAUUAGUAUGUCUUUUGUGUCAUGUUCAAAGCAAAACCUUUUUUUAAAAAUCACAUUUCUGUAACAUAUUACAUGAUUAAGCUGAUGAAUCUUUUUGCCUGUAGUUUUUAUGUUGGCAACAAACUUGAUGGUUGAGAAUAUUUCUCUAUGUGUGUAGUCUGGCAAAAACUGUUUACUUGCCGACUUGAACUCCCACCCCCACUCCACCCAUCUCAUUCAGCCCAGAGACAUUUGAGCACUCAUAAACCAGCUGAAAGAAAGUUUUGCUUUCAGCCAGUCAGUCAUGCAUACAAGCUUGGAAAAUGAACAUUGAUGAGUGAAAGAGAAACAUGUCCUCAAGGCCAAAACCCUGCAUUAAAACAUUUUACAUUGAA